AAUACGUGCAGCUAACAAGGCGAUGGCUCGAUCCCAAAUGCCUCCUUGCCUCCUUAUCCGAGUGCGCUUCAUAGGUUGUGACGCAAUCACGUCGACGCCCUAUCUAGUGCACUACACGUCCAACAGGGAACGAUUUGGGAUGCAACCGUUGUUUAGGAGGCUGAAACCAGUCUCUGUGUUGCUAGUGUCAGGUGCUAGGGCUAGCUAGCUAGCUACAUUCGUACGAAUGGCUAUAUUAUAUACGUGAUUUAUCCCGUUAUCACUUUAUUUUGCUUUUACUCGUAUAUUUAUAUUUUCGGUGAUGUACAAACGUGAAGCUAGUUACUAGCACUUUGGCUAUCUAAAUAAACACACCAAUGUGAGCUAUAACGCUCAGACAGCCUUACUUUUGCUUAGUGCAGUAUGGAGUGGAAUGCGAUAUAUUUUCAGUAUAUUUUAGAAUAUAAAAAGUGCAUACUUGAUGUAUUACUAUUUUUUCAUGGCGAAAAGAAGAUCACUGUUUUUUAUACAUGAAAGGCUUCGUCAGCAUCUCCAUGGCCCAAUGAUGCGCCGUCACUGGCUGCUGGUCGGUGCUUGUGGAUGGGUGCUGCUUAUCCUCAUGUUUGUCAGCAAAUUCAUCAACUUCAGCUUGCGAAUGCCAGAAGACUAUGGGGGAAGACCUAUGCUGUUAAACUGGACCUCUCUAACGGUAAAGACGGUAAACCCUGUAAAUCAGCUUUCACAGAACGCAGCCUCACAACCGCCUGCAGUGUCUUCAGGUGGCCCAACUCAGGUGGAGCUCUCGGACUGGGAGUCGGUGACGGUGCAGCGCUUGCAGCUUUUGUCCAGCGUUUGCAAGAACUCCUCUCUGUGGAAACUUUCACACACUCCUCUGCGCAAGUUCAUCCUAGACCGCAUUUUUGUGUGCGACAAACACAAGAUUCUUUUCUGCCAGACGCCCAAGGUGGGCAACACUCAGUGGAAGAAGGUCCUCAUCGUCCUCAACGGAAAGUUCUCCAAGGUUGAAGACAUACCUGAGAAUGUGGUCCAUGACCACGAGAGAAACGGUUUACCUCGCCUGUCCUCUAUGAGCGACACAGAGAUCACAGAAAGAUUAAAGACAUACUUUAAGUUCUUUAUUGUCCGAGACCCAUUCGAGCGUCUCAUAUCAGCCUUCAAGGACAAGUUUGUGGAGAAUCCACGCUUCGAGCCAUGGUACAAGCACAGCAUCGCUCCCACCAUCAUACGGAAGUACCGCAAAAGUCACCGCGACACCUCUGGAAGCGCCGGCCUGCACUUCGAGGAUUUUGUGCGCUAUUUGGGUGACGAGUCGGGCCGAAAACAUCUCGAUCACCAGUUCGGAGAGCACGUCAUCCACUGGUUAACAUAUGUUGAGCUCUGUGCUCCCUGUGAUAUUACCUAUGAUGUAAUCGGCCAUCACGAGACUCUUGAGCAAGAUGCGCCGUAUAUCCUUAAAGCUGCCGGAAUUGAGGACUUGGUAACGUAUCCGAGCAUCCCUAAAGGCAUAACGCUCUACAACAGGACCAAGGUUGAGCACUACUUCUCUGGGAUCAGCAAAAGGGACAUACGCCGCCUUUACGCUUGCUACCAGGGGGAUUUUAGCCUUUUUGGGUACCAUAGACCUGACUUCCUGCUUGACUGAUAUUUGGAUUUAUUUAGCAAUUUUUUUAAAUCAAAUGAAAUGGACUUCCUGUAACUUCUAGUCAAACUAAAAUGCAGAAGAUUGGUUAUGAGAGCAUUUAAACAGAAACGUGUCCAAGAAAAUAAAAACUUUAAAGUAAAUAACAGAACUGUACAAUGCACUAAAGAUUACAUUAACGAGAAGUAAAGUUUCUUAAUGAAUACACUCCCGUUGAAACUGUCCCUACAGAAAUGGUUGCUUACUAAUAGAAUAAUAAUACUGAGGAUUCCCACCAUAGCUUUCUAAUAAACAUUCAGAUAUGUCUCAAA